AUGGCUGAGAAAAAAGAAUCUAACUUCGCUGUCGACUUUUUGAUGGGUGGUGUGUCCGCCGCCGUCGCUAAGACCGCCGCUGCUCCUAUCGAGAGAGUCAAGUUGUUGAUCCAAAACCAAGAUGAGAUGAUCAAGCAAGGUACUUUGGACAGACGUUACAACGGUAUUGGUGAAUGUUUCGCCAGAACCGCCAAGAACGAAGGUAUCGUUUCUUUCUGGAGAGGUAACACUGCUAACGUUAUCCGUUACUUCCCAACCCAAGCUUUGAACUUUGCCUUCAAGGACAAGAUCAAGGCCAUGUUCGGUUUCAAGAAGGAGGAAGGUUACGGUAAGUGGUUUGCCGGUAACUUGGCCUCUGGUGGUGCCGCUGGUGGUUUGUCUUUGAUGUUUGUCUACUCUUUGGAUUACGCCAGAACCAGAUUGGCUGCUGACUCCAAGUCUGCCAAGAAGGGUGGUGAACGUCAAUUCAACGGUCUAGUCGAUGUCUACAAGAAGACUUUGGCUUCCGAUGGUGUUGCUGGUUUGUACAGAGGUUUCUUGCCAUCUGUUGUUGGUAUCGUUGUCUACAGAGGUUUGUACUUCGGUUUGUACGACUCCUUGAAGCCUCUAUUGUUGACUGGUUCUUUGGAUGGUUCUUUCUUGGCCUCUUUCUUGUUGGGUUGGGUUGUUACCACUGGUGCUUCUACCGCCUCUUACCCAUUGGACACUGUCAGAAGAAGAAUGAUGAUGACCUCUGGUCAAGCCGUCAAGUACGACGGUGCCUUCGACGCCUUCAGAAAGAUUAUUGCCGCCGAAGGUGUCAAGUCUUUGUUCAAGGGUUGCGGUGCUAACAUCUUGAGAGGUGUUGCCGGUGCCGGUGUCAUUUCCAUGUACGACCAAUUGCAAAUGAUCUUGUUCGGUAAGAAAUUCAAAUAA